GGCUUGGCAACGCAUUUGUUUACACGCCACGAACUUUUUUUCGUUCCGCGAGAGGUGUUUUUUAGCAAAGCCAAGCUGUAUAUUCCAAUGAAGAAGGACGUACUUCGCCUCAUUGCGGAGGUACGGCCGCGGCGUGCACUGUGGGAUACAAACAUCGCCCUUGCCAGCCGCAAGGACGAAUGGACCUCGCAGUGGCUGGAUGUAUCUGAAACUUUGCAGCUGGACGUUACGGCAUGCAAGAAGCGCUUCAAAGGACUGAGGGACAGCUACCGAUCCGAGAUCCGAAAGAUACAGCAGGGUCGCAUCCAAAUGUCCAACUGGACAUACUUUCGCCCCUUGGAGUUCCUGCGCUGCAUAUUCGAUCCCACCGGCCUCGUGGGAUUCGCUCCAGAGCAUUUCGAGUUCGAUUUUGAGUCGGCAGAGAGCUCCAACGACUAUGAUCAGACGCAUCUGGAUGACUUUAUCAUCGAUCUGGACAAUGAUGAUUCAGUGGACUUUGAGAUAAUGGGCGACAUAUUCAAGCGUGACUCGCCCGAGCAGCAGGACUCGAGCUCCGAUAUGUCGCUGAUGAAGCGGACGGACUUUGAGUCCGGUGCGUCGUUUAUGAGGUGCCUGGACAUGGAACUGUACAAGCCGCCGCCAACGAAGCGCUGUUGUCAGCGAAAGAGUUCGCCUUCCUAUGAAGACCCCAUAACGAAUGGGGGCCAUUUCCACAACAACAACAACAACACAAAGAAUAGUCAAAUGAAAAAAACAAAUGUUGUGGACACAACGCCAGCGGCCAGCAAGGAACUUGUCCAAGCCAAGGACGAUGCUGACUAUAAUUUUCUGCUUAGCCUUAUGCCGCACAUGAAGUCCCUCUCGGACAUGGGCAAUCUCAAAUUUCGCAUGGAAGUCAGCCGCAUUCUGGUGGAACUAAAAAAGGAAGAGACUACGCCUGUACGCCCCGAUCCGCCCCCCAGGCCGCAAUACUCGCCUGCAGCCAUGCCAAAGCUAACGCCAGCUCCAGUCACGCAGCGAUCAUCCCAACACCAGCUGCAGUCGGCUCCAGAAAAAUUUCUAAGCUACCUGAACGGCUAUGUAGACAGUUCGAUGGUCGAGUGCGAUGUUAAGAUAGAAAACGAACCUUUGCUUUAAGGUAUAUAGACGUGUAAUUUUAGUCUUUAUUACACUCAUGCGUUUCUCAUGAGGAGAAACUAUAGUCGGUGAGCUGAAAAGAAAAUAUAACUUUAUAUAGAGCAUAGACAAAAUGCGCUUGAUUGAAAUUUAAUUUACUAUUUUUACAUUCAUUGUAUACAUAAGACUCGAGUGAACAUUUCUACAUCGAUUCAUACUAUAGAACUUUGCUACACACACAUUCUUGUAAUUAUUAUGCCCCUAUUUUUCACAAAAUAUAAUGGUUGCAGAUAGAUAAUGCCCCAACAAAA